AUGGUAUUAAUCGGCUUUGAUUUGGAAGCAAGAACUGCUUUGGGUUUUACUUAUUCUAAAUUCCUUUUCAUGUUUGGCAGCACAGCCUUCCUUAUUGGACCUGGACAACAGUUAAAUAUGAUGUUUGAUUCCACACGUCUUUAUGCAACAGCUGCAUACCUUGGAUUUGUUGUUAUUGCUCUCAUUUCUGCUCUCUGGAUCCAUAACAAAAUUCUAACAAUACUCGCAAUCAUUUGUGAAAUCUGUGCUCUUAUCUGGUACAGUCUAAGUUAUAUUCCUUUUGCUCGCAGAAUGGUUUCUGAAUUAAUGGUUCGAUUUUGUGACACUGAGCUCUAGACAAUGCAAACUCAGAGGACAGUAUUUAGAUGAGACACUGUAGCGGUCUGUUUUCGCUCAAGGUUAUUUGAUUGAUUUGUGUUUUCAUGGCUUGUGAUUGUUAUAAUAGUGACAUUUGAGAAAAGAAUUCUGUGAAGGCCAAUGCCAACAUUGGCAACAACACUAAUUUGUGAAGCUAAUUUUUUUUUACUUGGUUGAAAUUUUAUCUUAUGACUAAAAGAUCAGCUAAUUUAUGUGUAGACAUUACAAAUGAAAACCUUAAUUUUGGAUAUUAUU